AUGAAUUGUUAGAAGUACUCGUCGUUUGAGUUGCAAAGCCUAUCAGAGCGCAUAAUCGAAACACAUCAACAAUACAAAUUAUCAGCAGAGACAGACCAAUAUAGGCUCCCAAGUCGAAGAGGCAACUGGGAAGAUCACACAAAACGAGAGCUGGCAUCGACCUUGAAUACCAACUGAAUUAUCCCAAUGGCUGCGACCGCGCGCAUAUCUGAGAAUAUCCUCGAUCCCCUCACCUCAACACCUCUAACAUUCACAUUCGACAACUACCUCCGGUCAGUCCUUCCUACACUUGGCGCGCCCUCCAAAGUCGCCCGCCCACUCUGCGCAGAUUACAAAUCCAGCAAUGGCCAGUCCUGCCCCCGUGGUGCCUUUUGCCCGGAUCGCCACUAUGUGCCUCCUGGAGAACGAUCCGGAAUCGGGCAUCUAAUUUGUAAACACUACCAACGAGGACUUUGCAAGAAAGGCGAAGCCUGCGAAUUUGCCCAUACCUUCAAUCUCCGCGACGAGCGAGAAUGCAAGGAAUUUUCAAGAUAUGGGAUCUGUCCGCAGGGCGAUGACUGUACAUACCUUCACAUACCGCCAAACUCUCCGCUACGGCGUCCGGCGUGUCCGCAUUAUGCGCGGGGAUUCUGUCCGUUAGGAAAGUACUGCGCUCAGCGGCACAUCAAGCACAAGGCGAUGUGUCCGUUCUAUCUCGCGGGAUUUUGCCCGAAUGGAAGAGCACAUCCACCGGAUGUGGACCGCGUGGUGAACUGCGAGUUCGGCGCGCAUGCGAAGUGGACGCGGGAUGAGGAGAUCUUCCCGAGGAAGCCGGAGGUGCGCACUGAACAGGAUGUGGAGCGGGAGAAGAAGGAGCAGGAGGAACGUGAAGAUGAGUUCUAUGCGGAAGAAGAGAGGCGCAGAGAGAGAUUUGAAAGAGGCGAUGUUGGGCCAGGGCGCUGGGCGGGCAAGAGGGGAGGGCGUGGCGGUGGCGGUGGUGGACGGGCAGGAUACCGGGGGAGGAGAUUCUGAUUCUGAGUGGUCAUUUUUUUGAUUAAGGUGGAAAGGACUUGCUGUAUUUUGGCGUGGCGUUCGGCGUAUCGGAAUGCUGUACGUUUGAAUUAGGAUACGAAGGGAAAGUGAUGGGUGAGACGAGUCCGCAUGGCAGUGUAAUUUAUUAGUUCCACCUCGAAGGAUGAAAGCUGGGACAAGUUGCGAUCUGCACUCGUGUCGCAGUCGCGAUUCGGCAUAUCAAGGAAUAUUUAGCUACACGGGAGUCAUGGGACUUGAUACAGAAAUUGUUCAGACUCGAUGCAUGCUUGAAAGACUGUGAACACGUACCGUAUUACCCUACCGCAAGGAUAUUGACAUUUAUUGAACUGCAGAAUAUCGUCAAUCAAGCAAGACCUUGAAAUUUACCGGUAGAGAUGCAUGCUAAAGACCAAUGUCCAAAUCCCAGAAAAUCAAACAAAAGCUCAGCCAAAGAGAAAAAUCACAAUAAGCUCAAGAUCCUCACCUCCAGCCAAC